AUUUUGAUUAUUUAACUAUAAUUUAAAUAAAACGAAGUCAUUUUUUUCGACGAAAGGAAAAGAAAACGAAAUGCCAUUUGGCCGUAAAUCACCUCUAGAGGCUUUAGCUCUGCCCGGAGUUAUUCUAGCCUACAAAUAUAGUCAAUUUCGUCAAAGACGCCGUGAGGCUGCCAGUAGACGUGUCACGGAACGUGAACUUUCAGCUUUGCAUCAUAAAAUUGAUAAGCUGCUUAACAAACUAGAAGAAAGCGACCCAGAUCCUCCCACAUCACAAGAGGAUGAAUGUGUUAUCUGCAUUAAUGCUCGCGCUACUAUGCAAACUUCUCCCUGUGGCCAUCGAGUAGUUUGUAGACGUUGUUUCGUUAAAACAAUACAGAGUGCAGUAGCCCAACGAUUAUUACCGCUACGCUGUGUUAUAUGUCGAGCCCGAGUGAAUCGUCUUACAUCGAGUUCAGGCACUUGGCGCAUACAAGAAUCUGCCAGCAGUUAUUCGAUGGGUGCAAAAAGUUGGGCUUCGGUUGGUGUAUCAACAGGUGGCGUAGCUCCUUCAGCCAGCUCUUAUUCAAUGAACGAUGCGCACAGUGGUCAUCAUGUUUUUCAUAUGCCGACACGUUUUCCCCGCAGCCCCACUACUCGCGUCUCGCAAUCGGAUAGUUUAUAUUCGAUGAGUUCGACCGGUUCAUCCUCAGCGACGUCUGUGUUCUCAAAAACGUCUUCCAUUUCGAGUGAAUUGUGUUCACCCGCCUCACCUAUAUCACCGACGACAGCGUGUGCUUAUGCCCAAACCACCACCAGCAUUCAUAAUAACACCUUAAUAUUGAAUAAUCAUUUGGCCCCACCGACGUCCAGUUUAUCGCCACACUCGCCGUCCUCGACGUCGGGAUCGAGUACUUCGGCAGGCUCUUUAUCACCUAAAGAAAAUUAUUCCCACUCCCAUCAUAGCAGUUGCCCAACUGGUUGUUCUGGAGCUGUACCUCGUAAACCUUUAAAAUCUGCAAGUACCUCUUCCUCAAGUGGUUCAUGUAGCAGUUCUUCUAACAGCCAUAUUCAACACAAUUUCAUAGCAGCCACCACCCACACUUAUCCAGGAAGACGACAUAACAAAGGCAGACUUAUGGAUUUGCAAAAUCGUUUGCCACCUAUAAAAGAAUUCCGAAGUCCCGCCAAAGUGCCACAUCCUUCGCCAGUGCACAUCAGCAAUCCAAAAUUUCGUUAUGCUUCCUAUACUAAGUCGUUGAGUGGCGGCAAAAGUAAAGAACCUUCAUCACCGCCUAAACGGCCCAUGAACAUACAUAUAAGUGCUUCCCUAAAUACCUUAGAUCCGCCACCUUUAAAAACGGGAGGCUCUAAAAUUAGUCCCCUCAUUAGUAAACAUUCAAUGCCUACAGCAGCUUACAAUUCUGGCAAGGAUACAAGAGUCUCUUCCUCCUUGAUAACCAACAGUAUCACCAAUAAUAAUUCCUGCCCGACAGUGAGCAGCUAUAAUAAUAAUAAAAUAUCAACGAUUGCCACGAAAACUUGUCAAACGAAAUCAACAGUACUGGCCGCUUUAAGUGCAAAAACAACAACUGGAGUACCUACAAAAAAUCAACCUACUCAUCAUUCACCAGUUGCAACCUUAACGGCGGCUUUUACAUCCAGUAAAAGUUUUCCAUUGUUUUGUAACAACAAUAACAACAACAGCAAUCACAAGGAAAAAGCUGAAAAUAAAAAAAAUGAAACAAUGGAGCGAAGAAAAGAAGAGAAACUUAAAUUGAAGGCAGAAAAAGAGGCUAGAAAAGAAGAAAAACGUUUGGCUAAGGAAGAGGAACGUAUCGCUAAGAUGAUGGCUAAAGAAGAGAAAAAGAAAACGAAAAAAGAAACAAAAGAAUUACUCUUAGCUCAUGACGUCAAUGGUAAGAGACAUAAAGAAUACCAAUAAAUUGCGAUCUUUACGCGAUCUGUCUGAUUGCAUUUUGAAGAUAUUAGAGAAAAUUUCUGUAAAAAAUAGUUUUAAAGAAGAAAUGCUUUUUCAUUGUUGUACUUCGUUGCAAAGUAUCAAAAAGUUCUUUAAGAAAAUAAGUCGGCCAUAUGAUAUGACUAGAAAACGAUUUAUAUACGUAACUUUUAAGAAUUUACAAGAAUUUAAUUUUAGCUGAAGAUACACUUUUAUAAAACAAAAGAAAAGUAAGUCUUUUCAAGCAAUGGAUAAACGAAUCGAUUUACUUUCUUUCUUCUAAUUUUUUUACAUAUUCGAGAAAUUUUCGUACGCGCCACCCAGCGAAUACCAUUAAAAUUAUGAGCAUCAUUAAAAGUAUAGUUUUAUCAGACCAAUACCUUCAUAUCAAACAAAAUUCACAGUUCGGAGGUCUUCUAAAUUCAUUGUUGACGAAAUAACCCAUUUUUCCGUGCACCUUUUAAUUAAUUGUUUCGCGUCAAUGGAUCCAAAUAAUCUGAAUGGAGUUGAAGUUAAUCGGCUGAAAGUUGUAUGCUUUGUUGUAACCUUUUCGACUGAUCAUAAUGUUCGCUAAUUCGAAGAAAUGUCGGUUUCUAAUUUAUGUCGAUGCUUUUUUCCUUGUUUACUUUUCUUCUUCUUCUUUUUGCGGAUAAAUAAAGAGUUAUUUAGAUAGAUUUUGCAGGGUUUUUGGCAGAAUAUGAUAAGAUUUAUUGAAUGUGUGUUUACCAGAAAAUUCCGAUCGUUAACAGAAAAUUCCAAUUGCUAAUACUAUAAUCCGGUGACCAAUAGAAAAUUCCGAUAGUUCAAAAAAUUCGGUUCCUAUGGUUUAAAAUAGUUUGGAAAAUUCAAAUUCUGACUGCUACUAAAGCGAUGUUCUAAAGCGAUGGUCGAAGGUUCUUUCAUUACCUAGGACGAUUUUAUCGUUUUAUGUUUUUUUUUUUUUGUACUAAUGUGUGUAUAUCACUUACGAUACAUCGCAUGACGGUCUUUGCUUAGAACUUGAUUCGAUAUUUGCUGGUACGAUCUAAAUUUGUACCAAAGUGUAGGCACAUAUAUUUCUCUGGGUGUAUUAACUUAUUAUAAAAUUUUCAAGCUUCCAAGUAGAAUUUGGAAUUGACGGCUUGCCAACGUUAAUGCUGUUUCAUCUGACUAACGUGGGCGAUGCAGAAUGCCCUUCUAGAGAUAGCACAAAAAUCGGAUGAUCCAAAAAAUCACCAAAGUAUUAUAGAUAUACUUACGUGUCGUUUAUAUAUGCACAUGAUUUUAAUGCCAAAAAUUUUCAAGUCUCCAAAAAAAAUUUAAACUGCCUUGUUUUAUGCACCUUGAUACUUUUCCGUCUAAAGUGUACGUAAGAAAAACGAUGGUAACGUAUAAGGAAAGUACUAAGAAGACACUUCGAAUUCUGCAUAAUGUAAAUUCUGUAAAUUAGGUUUUCAAUUUUAUUACAUUGAUCCUUAUAGACUUUUUUGGGCAAUCAAAAACGCAAAAAAGUUCGCACUUUUUCCAAUUCAAAUAUUUAAAAAAAAAAAAUCUAGAUUAAUAUAAUAUUCAUCUUCGAAAAGUUGCAAAUUUAUAUUACCGCAUUUUUCAACGAGAUCCCGUUUCGCCCCGUCUAUCUUCUACCUAUUUCUUGGCUGCCAAAAAUACCUCUACAGCCAAAGGUGCGUGCAACAUAAACAUUUUUGUCACAGUGACGGAACAUUUAAAUCGAAAGUAAACUAAAUCUGUUUAGGAUGUCGAAGUUUUCAGCAAAGAUAAUUCUUUGAAUUUUACUACUAUAAGAACACUGGGGAGACAUUUCGCUUUCGGCAAGUUUUUUCUGCUAUAAUAGUUGUUUUCUCAUCCGAUUUUCCUUCGAAUCAGAAGGGAGUAUGCAUAAUUACCCCGUUUUAAAAGUUGGGCGGAAAUUGUUUCAUCGAGUUCAACUUUAAAACGACCAUUUAGUUUUAGCAAGUUCAUCCCCAUACAUAUUCAUGUUCACCAUUAAGUGGGUAUUUUUAUUCCAUAUACAGAAUGAAACUUGCCAUUCAGGUUUGUGCAGCCUCAUUACAACUCUGCUCAUUUGAAAUCUAUUCGUUUUGAAGGAAGUUAUCAAUUAAAGAUAAACACAAAUAACAAAUAAUUAUACAUUGUUUCCUCUUCUUUAUUGAAUGCUGGCUCAGCUACUUAAAAUCUAUAGGUAGCUUCCCCAAAGCGCCGCUGAAUAUUUUUUAAUUUUCGCAUCAUCUUUACCAUCUCGUUUGUUAAAUAAAUGUAUCAAUUUGCUGGCAACGAAAGCGUUGACACAAGUUGAUUUAUAGCAUGCCAUUCAAGCGAAAAUGUUUGCAAGAACUAUUUCGUUUUAUUGCCCGUAAUUUAAAUUAAAGUGAAAAAGAAAAUUAGCCAUGAAAGAAAAUCCCUUUCGUUUUAUUUUUUUUUU